AUGAUUCCGGACGGGUUUGACCGGUACAGCAAUUUGACAGACUUGCCAAAGUUAAAAAAGAGGAAGGUCCAGCAACAAGAGGGAAACUCAAAGAACAGUUCAGACUUGUCAAGUUCAUCAUUAUCUACUGCUACACAUCAGAGCAGGAAGGUGCCGUUCACAUUAAGAGAGGAUCAUGACGAACCAGCUGAUAGUUUAUCAUUGCACCCCCAUGCCAAAGAUCAGGGGAGUUUCUCAAGUGGUGUUUUCAGCAUUGAUUCAGACAUUGAUAACCUGGUUGAUGAUAAUGAUGAGGUUGCUGAUGGGGAGGAUGAUGACAGAUGUCCAGUGGAGAGCAGAAUACUUCAUGAAGGUCAUGAACAGAAUGCCCUGUCAUUAUCUGAGACACCGUCAGAAGCUGGAUCUGGUGUUGUAGAACGCCCUCUGUGGGUGGAAACUGAACAGGAUAGUAAGAGCUUGAAUCAAGGCAUUGUUCAAGGAGGCACUGGUAUACUUACAGAUGAGGACGUCCUCUUUAUGAUGCAUAAACCAAGAUUAAAGAAGAGAAGGAAAAAACCACCGUGGCAAAAACGCAAACUUGACAUAGAUGACCUGUGGGUCAAGGGUCAACAUCUCCAGUGUCACCAUGACAGUAGUGAGGCAGAGGAGGUCACACCUAAACUUUGUUUAGAACGGAACCUGCGAUGGGGAAAGAUCAGCCUUCAGAACUACAUCUGUGCAGUAAGGAAAUCAAGGGAAGGCAAAAAGACACUGAACAGCAGUAAACAAAGAAAGUCAGACUCAAAGAAGAAAUCAUUCAAAGGCUUAUCUCGUGGAGAUCAGUCCUUUGAAACUUUGACAUCUCUCACUAGACUUGAAACAAAAUCAACAAUGAAUGGAACUCCUGCAAUUGCUCCUCAGACCUUUGGUAAGAGUUUAGGAAAGAAGGAGCUGAUGAAAAGUGGAAAGAAAACAUCAAAGAGAGCCAAGAAAUCUGGAAGAUGGUUUGAAGAUCCACCACUCAGUACUUCAGAAGCAUCGGAUCAAGAUGUGAAGCAGAGAUCAAAACCAAUUGGUGCUGUCUCAAAGAAACAAUGUAGUAGUGAUACUAGUGGUUGUGCUAAUAGGGGGACAGGAAAGAUAACCAGCAAGUCACAGAAAACGGGUACAAAGGUCAAGGAGUCUAAGACAGAUACCUCCAACUCCAGGGAGAAAGUUAGAAUGCAGAAGAACAAAGUUUCAAGGAAAAGCAACAUUGCAAGAGGUGAAAGAGACAGUUCAUCCAGCAAAAACAACAGUUUCUGGAAUGACAGUUUCAGUGAUGCUGCUGUGAUACAAAAUGUCAGUAGAGUGCACCAAUAUGGCCUAUCGCAGGAGACUAGUGAAAGCCAGGAGUCUGGCAUCAACUUUAUCAGUCUUACGCCUAGGAAGUCCCGGAAACUAUCCAGGAGAAAGCGCCGUGCUGAGGAGAAGAGGAAGAUCAAUCCUUCAUCCACCUCGGAUAGUUCAGACUUCGGAGGUCAUUUUGGUGGAGGAUCUCUGCAUCCUAGAGGUUCUUUGAGAAUGUCAAACUUUCCAGGGUGGGAUGAUGAAGAAGAAGUUGGGUAUCAACCUUUGUUUGGCCAGGGAAGUCAUUGUGGUGGUGUUUGGAACACCAUUAUAGAGGAAUCAUCUUGAAGUAUUUAUUUUUGAGCAAGUAAUGGACUUAUGAGCUAUUAUGAAUUUAUUUUAUUUGACAGCUGUGGAAACUUCUGUACACAAAGUGUUUUCUUUUAUUAUUUCUUUAGAGACCUUCUGUCAGAAUCAAAUCAAAUGUUAUCAGGAAAACAUUUGUCAGAUUUCAAAAGUAUUCAUAGAAUUUAUUGCAUAUUUUUUCAUUUUAUUAAGGCCUUUAUAAUCUCGGUGUAAUAUAUUUGACACUUGAAUUAUCACAGUUAUUUUCUUAUUUACAUGUAUAAGCUUAAGAUAUGGUGAAAAGAAACUGAUUCCAUUCAUAAAGAGGUUAAUCAUUUAAAGUUCAGGCAUUUCAAUUCAUUUUUUGUUUAAAUUUCAAAUUGGAAGUUGAUCAGCAGAAGCUCUGUACAAGAACAUCUGAUAUGGUUCCCUAUGGAUAUACAUGUAGUCUUGAUCCAAGCCCUGCAAGUUAUAUAAUUUUCCAAAACCAUUGAGAAAGUUUGCUACUCUUUCAUAAAAGCUGUCAGCAAAGUCAUGCAUGACUUUAAGAGCAACUUGAACAUGGAGGUCCAACUUACAUUCCCAAAUUUCAAAUAUUUAUUGCGCAUGUAGCUUGAGAUUAAUUUGGAAUGUGCAGAUGGAGAUUAACAAAUAUUUUCAGUGGGGGCAUUGUUUUCCCAAUCAUUAAAUAUGGUCAUUAGAAAUAAUAUUAUUUUUGUUCAAAUAUUGUCAAUUUUGAGCACAAUAUUUUUGGGGUGCAUAAAUAUGUAAUGCUGUGCCUAACUUUAUCAACAUCUGAAAAUAUACACCCAACAUGACCAGGUAUUACUAUUUGUUAUAAGGUCAUGUGUUGUACAGUUUUCAACUUCAUUUGAGGUGAUGAAUUAACUAUGUCAUUAAAUAUGGAUAUUCUAUUAUAUUUUUCUGAAGGGAUAAUCAUGAAAAAUCAUGUUUAUCAUUGAGGUACUAAAACUAUCAAAAUGAAAAUUAAGAUGAUUUUUUUUUACCCAUAAGUUUGCUUCUGCUAUUAAUUAAUGCAAUUAAAGAUUAAACAAUUUUUUAAUCAGCAAAACAGUAGAGAACUUUUUUUUAAUGUGUAUUUUCUUUAUAUUAUUAGUUCAUGUAAGAUAAGGCUUAGUUAGAAGUUCACCCUGACACAAAGUUGGUUCAGAUGAGAGGUUAUUGUUAAUAGAGAAUGAAUAUGUUGGAACAAGUUGGCUUAAAACUAGUAUGUAAACUCGGAAAAUGAAAUUCUAACAGAUCAAUGGAAAUUAGAGAAAAAUUUGACAAUUACAAAGUUUUAAGCAUUUGAAUGUUGAGAAUGCUAAUUGCAAUAAAGAUCAUCCUAUUGGCAAUACGACC